GCAACACGGCACGAAGCAACCGGCGCGCCUCCCUUGGGAUCUAUCUCUCUGUCGCCGCUCGCUGGCUCGCUCGCCCUCACACCAGGCGCCCUCGGCUAGGCUAUGUUGAGCCCCAGCUUCUUGGAUUAUACGAUGGAUUUUACGGUGGACCAGCAGCCCCACCCCCGGGACGCGCUGAAGAAGGACCGGCAGCUCAGCUUGAUCCAGGACGACCGCCACGACAGCGGCCUGGACUCCAUGAAAGACGAGGAAUACGAAAAGCUGGUCAGGGAACUAGAAGACAUUCGCCUCCAGCCGGCGGAAGCCUCCGCGGGACUCCACGGGGCUCCCAGCCUGCCGGGCCAGUCUUGGAAACAGCAAAUGACUGACGACGGAGAUACGUUUCUCCAUCUGGCAAUUAUACACGAAGAAAAACUCUUGAGUUUGGAAAUCAUUCACCAAGCAGGACGCGACACAACAUUCCUGAAUUUCCAGAAUAAUCUCAACCAGACUCCACUUCACUUGGCAGUGAUCACAGACCAAGCAGAAAUUGCUGAGAUGCUUCUGAAAGCUGGAUGUGAUGCAGAGAUCAGAGAUUUCCGAGGAAACACACCGCUCCACAUUGCUUGUGAACAAGGUUCUCUCAGAGGUGUCGGGGUCCUCACACAAUACUGUCAGAAGCACCAGAUCCACUCUUUGCUACAGUCAUCAAACUACAAUGGACACACAUGUCUCCAUCUGGCAUCUAUCCAAGGCUAUCUGGCCAUUGUAGAAUAUCUCCUGUCUUUGGGUGCAGAUGUCAAUGCUCAGGAGCCAUGCAAUGGCAGGACUGCCUUGCAUUUAGCUGUAGAUCUGCAGAACCAAGAACUGGUAUCCCUCCUGUUGAAACACAGAGCAGAUGUAAACAAAGUAACCUACCAGGGCUAUUCUCCAUACCAGCUCACGUGGGGAAGAAAUAACUCCUCCAUACAGGAACAGCUGAGGCAAUUUACUACAUUGGACCUGCAGAUGCUUCCUGAAAGUGAAGAUGAAGAGAGCUGUGAAUCAGAAUCGGAAUUCACAGAAGAUGAACUUCUGUAUGAUGACUGCGUCAUUGGUGGACGACACGUGCCUUGUUAAAGUGGGAGAGUUGGAGAAAAGAACAGGCCAACAAACUGAACAAUUACUGAACUACUACUAUAUUGCACCACACAGAACUUGUUGUUCUAACAGCCGGUGUGGCACGCGGUUCAAAACACAGUUUGAGCAUGAACGAAUUUUGGUUGUCAGACACCAGAAGAGGUCCGGGCCCCAUUUGCAUCAGAGAGAGCUGAUAAAGGAGCUGAAUGAGAACUCGGAGGGUCCAGCUAUGUAUUCACUGUGUGCCCUGUGAAAGGACUGGCCGCAUUCACCAUCUGUUUUGGAAGACAUUCCAUAUAUUUCUACCUGACUGCUAAUAAUCUAUUCCAGAGACUGAGCUCAGGUGUGUUCUUUGAGAGCUGCACAGCAGAUAGGGAAAUUGCAUCCCUCAGAAUGACUGCCUGUCCACGCACAAGAAGGAUAACAGUAACAUUCAGACUGAAUAUUGCAAGCCCUAUGCUUUGCAAUAUGUACAUCAUGUAUAUAUUGUACAUUUUGUGAAUAUUCUUUUUUGCUACUGGCGAGAUGUAUAUUUAUUAA